AGCCAGCAGCGGAGAGAGAAGACCCGGUAGAGCGCGAGAAGGGAGAGAGAGAGAGAGAGAGUGAGAGAGCGAGAUCGAGGGUGAACGAGAGGAGAGAGAGCGCGACGACCGUCACGGUCCGUGUGCCUGAGGGACGGACGACACGGAGAGGGGGAGGACUGAGUCAGCGAGUGAUCGUCAGACAGACAGACAGACAGAUAGACAGACAGAUUGACAGAUUGAAUGAAGCUGCACCUGGUGCUUCUGAGGGCCUUUCCCAUGUUUUGAUUUGCUUCAUUUUUUACAUUUUAAAGCUCCCAGCCAUGCCGUCCAACAGUCCUGCAGCCGCUGAACCGCCCGAGACACCAGAGAACGACAUCACCAAUGAUGUGAAUGACGAUGGAGCAGACCAUGACAGCCAAGAGGAAGGGACACCAGCGAGCCCCCGCACCAAGCGCAGAGUGGGUCGUCCUGGCAGGAAACGCAAACAGCUGCUUCCUGAGAUGGCGACCUCUGAUCCCUGUGCAAACGCCCCCCCAACCCCGCCUGAGGAGCCGGAGCCCUCCCCCUCCCCUCGCAAGAAGCGUGGGCGUCGGAAACUAGAACAAACCGAGAAGAAUAAGGACGAGCCAGACGACAGAAACUGCGACUCCCCCAGAGAGGGUGAGACUGGCAGGCUGCGGAGGAGGCCAGUCCCCAGAGUGACUUUCCAGGCUGGAGAUCCAUACUACAUCAGCAGGAGACAGAGAGAAGAAUGGCUCAGCCGCUGGAAGAUGGAGGCAGAGCGACGUGCGUACAGAGAGGCAGAGAUGAGCAUGAUGGACAACCUAUCAGAGGGCGACUUUCAAAAAGAGGAGUCAGCCAGCCCUGCCCCUCCCCAUUCACAACAACAAACAGCCCCCGCCUCGCCUACGGUUGCCGUGACACCGGAGCCAGUUGCCAGGGGAGAACGGCCCCUGCCCAGGGAGAUAGAGUACCAGGAUGGCCGAGGUUUUGGCAUCGGUGUUCUGGUGUUUGGGAAGCUGCGAGGUUUCUCUUGGUGGCCCGGCAGGAUUGUUUCCUGGUUGAUGAGCGGCCGAAGUCGAGCUGCAGAUGGAACUCGCUGGGUGAUGUGGUUUGGAGACGGAAAGUUCUCUGUGGUUUGUGUGGAGAAGCUGAUGCUUCUGAGCUCUUUCUCAUCUGCCUUCCACCAGCCCACCUUUAACAAACAGUCUAUGUACCGGAAAGCCAUCUUCGAGGCUCUGCAGGUGGCCAGUGUACGGGCAGGGGAGGCCGUUCCUUCCUGUGAUACAAGCGAUGAUGCAGAGGGGGUGGACAUUCAAACCAGACAGAUGAUAGAGUGGGCCAUGACCGGCUUCCCACCCAAUGGUCCACAAUCACUGGAACCUCCAGAGGAGGAACAAAUUCCAUAUAAGGAAGUGUACCCAGAGAUGUGGGCGGAACCUGAGGCAGCGUACACGCCUCCACCCGCCAAGAAACCACGCAAGAACUCAGCUGAAAAAGUAAAGAUCAGAGAGGUGAUCGACGAAGGGACCAGAGAGAGACUCAUAUGUGAGGUCAAAAAGAAGACCAGGAACAUAGAAGAUAUCUGCAUCUCCUGUGGAAGCCUCAAUGUCUCUCUGGAGCAUCCUCUCUUCUUAGGAGCAAUGUGUCAGGGCUGCAAAAACUCGUUCCUGGAGUGCGCCUACCAGUACGACGACGACGGCUACCAGUCCUACUGCACCAUCUGCUGUGGAGGAAGGGAGGUGCUCAUGUGUGGCAACAACAACUGCUGUAGGUGUUUCUGUGUGGAGUGUGUAGACCUGUUGGUCGGAGCCGGCUCGGCGGCGGCAGCCAUCAAAGAAGACCCGUGGAACUGCUACAUGUGCGGGUCCCGGACCGCCUACGGGUUGCUGCGGCGACGGGACGACUGGCCCUGCAGACUACAACACUUCUUUGCCAACAACCAUGAACAGGACUUUGAGCCAGCCAAGUUGUAUCCUCCAGUUGCAGCAGAGAAGAGGAAACCGAUCAGAGUUCUCUCCCUGUUUGACGGCAUUGCCACAGGUCUGUUGGUGCUGAAGGAUUUGGGCAUGCAGGUUGACAAGUACGUGGCUUCUGAGGUGUGUGAGGACUCCAUCACUGUCGGCAUGGUCCGACACCAUGGUCGCAUCAUGUACGUGGGUGACGUACGCAACGUAACACACAAACAUAUUGAAGAGUGGGGACCAUUUGACCUGGUGAUAGGAGGAAGCCCCUGCAACGACCUCUCCAUAGUCAACCCUGCAAGGAAAGGCCUUUUUGAGGGAACCGGCCGGUUGUUCUUCGAGUUUUACCGUCUGCUGCACGAGGCUCGACCAAAAGCAGGCGACGAGCGUCCGUUCUACUGGCUGUUUGAGAACGUGGUCGCUAUGGGAGUCAGCGACAAACGGGACAUCUCACGCUUUUUAGAGUGUAACCCAGUGAUGAUCGAUGCCAAGGAGGUCUCUGCUGCCCAUCGCGCUCGCUAUUUCUGGGGAAACCUGCCAGGCAUGUCCAGACCUCUGACACCCAUGACGAAUGACAAGCUGGACCUACAAGAGUGUCUCGAGCACGGGCGUACAGCCAAGUUUGAGAAGUUGCGUACGAUAACGACACGCUCCAACUCUGUGAAGCAGGGGAAAGACGAGCAUUUCCCCGUCUUCAUGGACAACAAGGAGGACAUCCUCUGGUGUACAGAGAUGGAAAGGGUGUUUGGUUUCCCCGUCCACUACACCGACGUGUCCAACAUGAGUCGUCUGGCCAGGCAAAGGCUUCUGGGACGUUCCUGGAGCGUCCCCGUCAUUAGGCACCUCUUUGCCCCGCUCAAGGAAUACUUUGCCUGCAACUAGUCACGCACCAACUCUCUCACACACACACACACACACACACACACACACACACACACACACACACACACACACCGUAUGUAUACAAUAUACAGCUAGUACAUGAAGGUUGGCUGACACAGGAUGACACAGAUGAAUGGAGAUACACACAUAUACACACACACACACACACACACACACACACACAUACAGUAAAGGACUGCUUCCCUAGACCCCAUGUAGACCACUGGCUGACCUUAGUCUCCUGGUGCUACCUUGCUGAUUCACACAUACACACACACACACACACACACUGGUGCAGGGUUUCUGUACUUUGUUCACACGCAAACUUCCUGUCCAACCUUGAAACCGGUGUCUUCUGGCUUUACUUUGUUAUAGCAGCUGGAGUUCAAACCUCCACAGUGCGCAGAAAUGACAAAGAUGCCUAAAAUUUCUGUUUUCUAACAUCUCUCUGAGUAUAUUAACACACCAGGGAAUCCCUCUUAACCGUAACACUUAACUCUAUUCCUGCGUAGUGACAGUGCUGCUGGUGUAUUACAGUGCAAUGAAAACAAAUACAAAACACACACACACACACACACACACACACACACACACACAGCUGUUAACGCUCAUGGUGCUGGUCAGGCAGUGAUAGAUUCCAAAUGGUGCCACUUUAAUACAACACUUUUAAAGUUUUUGGUGCUCUUGGAGACUUCAAGUCUCUGCAUGUUUCAGUCGCUACAGUUUUGUGUCCCUAACUUAGUUCAACCCAACGCUUACAAGCAGGUGCAGGCAACACUAAGUGAGAGAGGUGGAUUUUUAAGAUCUAUUUAUUUGUCAAAUUUAGUGAGAGUGUGCAAAGGAGCGUCCAGCAACUACGAUCAGAUAGAUUCAUAAGAAGCUUUUUCUAAUGUGACUGACAACAACUAAAUGAGAUUGGAAUGUGUUCUGUUUACUUGGUGGAAGAGCUGCUCUGGAGUUACAAAUAAUUAACAAAUGAAAACAAAGGUUUGUGUGGAAAAAUGACACCAAAAAGGUCUUCAUCGUCCCCUGAGGAAGACAACUUUUGUCUUAAAUGUUCAGUAAUUUGCGCCUUAUGAAAUACUGAAAUAAAUCAGUGAAUUUUCGGGGAUGCCACAGCAGUUUGAGGUUAUUUUUUUUCUUUGUUCAUGUUUGUUAACCUGUAUUGUUUACAGAAUCCCCACUAGCUUCCAGACAAAUAUACGUACAUGGGACAACAUCUAGACAUUGACAGAAAAAGAAAUCAAAAUGAACAAGAGGAAGAUAAAAAAAAAAAACAUGUUAAGUAUUUUUAAAUUUUGAUACAAAAUCUAUACAAAAUAAGAGACAUAAUAAGUGAUAUUGAUUAGCAUGUUUCUUCAAGAAUAUACUUUUUUAAGUAACAUCUGAGCCAAGAUCAUAAUGUAAAGCCUUGCAACUCAUCGUUAGUGUUUGGAGCGCCCUCCAGUGGGCAGAGAAGCAGUAUGACGAGAGUGCAUAACAAGGACACACACUCAUGAUGGGCUAAAACAAUCCUAUAAGUAGUCACCGGAUUAGAAACAUUGUAAAACUAAAGACAGAAUAAAGUCGGCUUUUAUACUUAAUACCUACCUAGUGCCACCUAACUUAAUGAAGUUAAGUUUCUCUUUAAGAAUGUAUUAUUUCUUGGUGGUGGUUUUUGCAUUAUUUUAGGCAGUGAUCAAGGUCUGCUAAUGUUUUGGUGAAUAUGCUGUGAUAUACUGUGCACUAGUAGUAUCUUAAUAAUGGGUUUACUCCCUCAUGUUUAGUAUCCGCUGGUAUGCAAAACUUACUUGAUAACAUUUGUAAAAGUGCUGUUGUAUUGCAUUGGUUACUGUUAACUGUUGCUCAAAUGACUGUGAUGUUCAUCUUAAUAGUUCAAAAUUGGAAUAAUACUGUAUGUCACUUUAGUAAUCACGUCGCUUUUCCUGAUAGAGGCUGUAGCCAGAAGUUGAGGUUGGAUGUUAACAGUUGAUGUCUGCAUAAAGUUAGUCCCAGUAAACAUACUGUACCUGGAGAGUAGAUGUCAUACUGUAAUACUGUACCAAACCUUGGUCUACUUAAUGGGAUCAUUUUGUUAGGUUGGCAGUGAAAAAGGACACUAUUUUAUUAUGUUGAUGUACUGGAGGGAAGUUUCUGUUCAGAUCAUCUUUAGACAAAGUCUGGGAAAACAGUUUUACUGUGAAAUGACCACAUAAGGUAGUGUUCAUGUAGCCUGGUCUGUUUUUGAGUUGUGACCUUUUUAAAGAUCAUGAAUCCCUGCCAACAUCAUAAAAUCUUUAGUUUGCUUGCUAUUUAAAGGAUUGGAGAUUGUAACUUAAUUUUAAAUAAGAUAUAUUUAUUGUUUAUGGCACAGUCAAAUACACACACACACACACACACACACACACACACACACACACACA